AUGAAGGUCGUCGAGUUUCGCCUCGUCCUUCCCCUAACUCCAGAGGAGUACCGGCGCUGUCAGAUAUUUCUGGUGGCGCUGGCGGCGCUGGAGACUGCGGAGGCGCAGAAAGCGACAGGGGGACCCCCAAAGGCCCCCAUGAUAGAAGUACUUGCAACCGAAGACUACAACAAUAAUGGCGAACAGGGGCAAUACACACACAAGCGCUUUGACCUUGCGGAGAAGUUGCCAGGAUGGCUUCUUAAAUUUGUGGAUAGAGGGAGUUGCACCUUUGACGAAAAGUCAUGGAAUGCUUAUCCCCGUCUUCGCACGCAAUAUGAGUCGGAGAAGUUCUCGCGGGCAAAGAUUUCGAUCACGAGUAACCAUCUAGUGGGUGUCUGCACGGACGAUAAUGCCACUGACCUUCCUCCUGAAGCUUUGCGGAUGAGGAAGGUCGACCUCAUUGAUAUCGUCAAUGAUAGAGGGGGCAGUGCGUCCGACGAAUUUCGAAAGUGGAAAUCUGAAAAAGCGCAGUUCGGUCCUUUGCGCUCCGACUGGAUUCAGAAUGUCCCUUUAGUGCCGCCUAAGAUCCGCAGAGCACCUCGGAGGCCCAGGGGAGUCUCUAGAAGGGCUUCACAGCCUCCGAAUGCCCCUGACAGUCGUGCAGGCACAGUGGACGACCCACGAGAGCGUCCACAGGCCAACACGGAGCCCUCCAGUAGCUCUGGGGGCUCUCUUGUCACGUUAUCUGGCGAAUUACAUGCCUCUGAGGGAACUUCUGCGGUGUCUGAGGCAUGUUUUUCUGAGGAGGGACCAGCGCAUUCAGAGGAACAGAGUUCAUUGGUAGCGCACCCGCCUGUGGCGGAUCUGGUGCCAGCAUAUCCCCUGAUGACUUGCUACAAGUGCUUUCAAAUUGACUUCCCCUACUUCGGCAUUAUAUCGGGAAAGAUAGAAGGAUGGGUGGUGGCAGCAAUGCGAGAGCAACUGCUACACUACCACAGACGCGCAGUUGCGUGCAUCGAUAAGUGGUAUGACUUGUCUUUGGAAGAAGUCCGUGCCUUCGAGGAAGACGUCAGGGAACAGCUAGCUGUCCUGGCCUCUCUCUCCCGCAAUGCCACGGCGGCCUCCACUGGAAGCGCACAAGCACCGGAGCACGAACUUAGCGGCCGUCCAAGAAGCCUUUUAGCAAGCCCCUUACCAGAGUCGGUGGAUGGCGCGGGAGAAGCUGGUGCCGAUACUUCAGAUUCUGACGAGAGCGCAUCUGGCGUGGCAGGUCGAGGUGAAGGAGCCCAUCGAAGAUGCCUGGAAGUCGUAGAAGAGGCCCUAGACGACUGGGAUGUCUAUCAGGGCUACAGUUUGUUGCCAUUUCGGUUGUCCCCACGAAGUGUUUCUUUGCUGCAGAAGCUGCAGCAAAGUAUCCCUAAUGUUUCAAAGUUACCGCAGCAAGACCAGCAGUAUCAGCAAUGGAAAGCGCGAAGCUUCUGUGACAGUCCAGCGGGAUCCCCCCCGCCCGUGAAGCGAGACAGUCCGAUACGGCACGGAUACUUGGACAAAUUAGGUGAUGGUCUGUGGGGCAGCCGAUGGAAUUUGCGUUAUUUUUUGCUUCGGGGAAACCGACUUCAGUACUUCGACGACCCCAGGGACCCCAGGGCCAAACAGUCUUUCGUCCUCACAGGCGCUAAGGUUGGCUGGGCCACUGAUUUAGGAGAGAAGCCAUUCGCCUUCUACGUGGAGACUCUUUCAAGAAAACGCCUUACACUCAGCGGCGCCAGCGAGGAAGAAUCUCGCGCUUGGCUAAUGACACUUCAUCAAGCUGCAUCAACAGGGGAUAGCAGCAAUGCUAGCAAGUAUAUGGCUGGUCAGCCUACGGAUUUGAAAGCUCUGCACUCCUUGGCAACCCCAGGACGGCCCUUCAACUUAUCAGAAGUGCUUUUUCGCCACCCCUCAGGGGAACCUGUGAACAAUGAUGAGCUUUCCUCCUUGGCAGUUAGGAUGACCUCCAAUGCGGCCUCUCAAGCUGAGCCGGUGGCUUCUUCUCAACCUGCGGAGUCGCCCUUAGAGCAAGCUGCAGCUGGGGCACCGUCUGCUGCUGCUUCAGCUGCUUGCACUGCUGCACAAGACCCUGUUAGCCAGAGGGGCAGCAACGGCCGUCUUGUGUCGGACAAUAACAAUGACAAGAAGCAACAAGUAACGGAGAAGCUGCAGCAGCAAGUGUCCGGAAUGAAGGGGCCCCUGAAAGAGGCCCUUGCGAGUCUAAUGAAGCGGUGCCCUUGGAGCCGGUGCUUCGUAGGAAGGGGCGUAGCAGCUCCGCAUAUGGCUUUUAUGGGAGCAUGCGCGGCAAAAGAUGGCCUUGAUGUGCAGCAGCAGGCACGGGGAUCGCAGCAGAUGGGGGCCCUAAAGCGUUCUCUCUCGAACAUCCUUGAAGAGGCAGAAGGGGUUGGAUGCAGACCAUCUCUUUCUGCUGAAGCUUGUGCGGUGGGGGCCCUCGUCGUUUCCUUGCUGCUGGUGGUGCUGUCCGCUGCUUGCAGGGCUAAUGGGGGGCGUUCGUGGUACUGGGGGGCCAUUCUCACACUGUUUGAGGCAUUCAGGGCCGCAGCAGCAGCUACUGUUGCUGCUUUGCUUCUCUGGGGCGCCCUGUAUAUUUUAUUUAUCUUCUUCUGGAGCAAAGCCCUCCAGAGGAAACGGGAAUCCCCUGCAGCGAGGGCGCCUCCCCUACUGAAGGCUGCGUGCCUAGCAGAAGGGCCCCCAGAGUCUGUCUUGUUGUGUGCGCUUCCCCCAGAAGCCAAGACAGUAGAAUGGGUGCCCCCCGAUCCCUCGGCGUUGGGUGCAGGGGGCCCCUUCUUAAUGGAGGAUGUCGAGACUCUCAGGCCCCUGGACCUGCUCCUAAGUGACCCGAGAACUGUUUCUUCUCUGUGCUGGUGGGCACUUCGUCGAGAGGUCCCCAGGCUGUCAGACUUUCUUGCUUGGCUCUUAGCUCCCCUUAUCCAGCAGCAGUUGCAAGAGCAGCGCCAGCACCAAGCGCCACAGCAGGAGCGGGGGCUGCAGCAGCAGAAAAGCGAGGAGCUCACAACAACAAACAAAGCUGUCGCAGCAGGGAUGUUGCUGUUACAGUUGCUCGGGCGGCUGCUAGAGCACCUGAUGCUAAUUUGCUGCUGGGGCGGCAUAGCUUUGGGAGGAUUUCUGGGAGCCUUCCUAAUCACAUUUUUGGGCUCCCUCUGGGUGCCCCUACGCUUGCGUCGAGUAUCUUGGUCUGCGUCUCUUGAUGGUAACGGAUAUCUUCUUUUCUCCCAGCUGUCUCCAUUGCCUGAAGAACGUCGGGAACUUCGUGGAAGCCUUCAAGACGAUUCUGCGAGUUCCUUUGCAACAAAGUCUCUGUGGAAGGUGAUCAAGAAGUGGGCCUUGAUCCCUUUGAGAUGCUGGCACCCCCAGGGCUGGGAGCCUUUGCCCCAAGGGGCCUCUCAAGAGACUUCCCAUGGCGCUGGAGGCUUCGAGGCUCUCCUCGUUGUUCCUCUUCCUGCAGUUCCAAGUAACUCUUUGUCCACCGGCCUAGAGAAAGUGCAGCAGCUACAGCAGCAGCUUCAGAAGGAGUUGCAGCAGCAGCACUGGUGCUUGGCGUCUCUCCGGCUACAGAAGACGCCUGAUGCUGAUCGGGAAGGGCAAACGGAGAAUCUCUGGGCCUCCCGUGAUGCUGCUUCUGCCUGGGAUGCCCGCUCCUGGAAAAGCGAAGCCAUUCCGAUGUUUAACAGCAUGGCGUCUGAGGCCGCCUCAGAGUCUUCUGCAUGCACUCACGCAUGUGUUGUUGAAACCGACGAAAGCCCCUGUCUCGUCACUUGGGUAGGGGCACUUCGUUGGGGUACACGGAAUGUCCCUCAUUGGCUCGAGGGUUUGUUGACUCUCAGGCAGGCAGAAGCUGCCUUGGGAUCACUUCUUUCCCACCUUCGAGCUCGCAGAGGCCUCCAGUCGGGGGGACCCCCGACAUCUUACGGCGUUAGGGGGCCUUUGACACCUUCUCUUCAUACUGUCUACACAGAAGAGCCACCACUGGGGCCCUUCACUGCAUGCACGGGCACAGAGAAUGCCGGCAUGAACCUUGUAGGGCCUCUCAUGGAAUUCUACAAGGCCCGCGGGGCCCUCAAAGGCUUCGAAGCAGAGUCUUUGGCCCGUCAGCGGGCGAAGCAAAAGUACAAGGACACUGCAAGCAAGCCAUACCCAUUGGCCGGCUGGAGGAAAUGUGCCUGGGAGGGCCUAAUGCAGGAAGAGUCCCUAGAGCUCGAUAAACAGCGGUGCCUUCUCAUGAAGUUGCUGCGAAGGCAGCGUGCAGAUAUCCCCAGAGGUCCACAGCUCCCUCCAAAUGGCCCUCUUCCUAUAGGGCUGCUUCGGGCUGCCUCGCUGCUAUUGCUGCUACCGGAUUGCAUGGCACAGGGGCCUCCUAUCCUCAAGAAAGUCUUUGCUGGAGGCCCGCUAGAAAAAUUUAAGGCAACAUUGGCAUUCGCUGUGUCGAUUUUGCACAGAGGAUGCUGGCAGGCCCCACCUCUGGCAGCCUACUUAGGAGAGACAUUUCAGGGCCAUCUGCAAGAGCCAGCAGGAACUCCCCGUGGCCAAUUGGGGGCUUCUCAGGGAGGCUGGCUAGUUUACGUGGAGCAGACGGGCGUGGGGCCUCCAAGUACCCUUUUUUCGCUCUCUAGCCCGGGGUCUAUGGCGCAGGUUUGGGGUCAUCUAUCUUUCCUUGUAAACUAUCAGCCUGGACGGUGUGUAGUUACACUUAAAGGCAAAAUAAACGUCUGUUUCUCUAAAGGGGAGAUAUUCUCGUUCUCACUGCCUGAACUGCACAUUGAGGGUCUUUUGUGGGGUCGGCGCCACUUUUAUUGGCAAGGGCCCCUUCAUGUGGAGGGGCCAGACGUAUGCUGCACCGUUAUUGUGGCUGGGGAUGCCCAACAGGGCCCCUAUGGAGGUGCCUUUCGCGAUGAGCUCUUCGGCCAGGUGCUGCAGAAGGAUUCUACGCACGAUAAAGGCACGAAGAGGCCCGAGUGUCCCCUGGAGACAUUGGCAACUGUCACUGGGUCCUAUACAGAUAAGCUGUUUUGGAAUGAUGAAGAGAUUUGGAGUGUAUACACCGCUCAGACCCUUCACCUCUUCGCAGUGCCAGACGAGGAGGCUCUUCCCAUAGACAGCAGAUUUAGGGCUGACAGCUUGCUGUUGUCUUUGGGGGAUGAAGACGCAGCAGACAAAGUGAGACGAAAACAGUUGGCCAUCGAGGCCUCGGACAUGGCCCAGCAGGCGCGUUUUCUGCGCCAGCAGUCCGAAGGGCUCGCCACAAGUCCGGGAGGCCCUACUGAUUCAAGGGAUCCAUUUGGGGUUCCUUUAACAGCCCACUCAGAAGGGUGUCCCGGACCCCAAAAGCCGUCCCCAGGGGACACUCAGUAG